GUAUAUGAAAUGUUUUCUCCUCUCGAACUACAACUUCCGUUUACCGCAUUUAUAUUAUUUUAAAGUAAAGUCUGUCUUAUUCUGUUAUAUCUAAUAUUUAAAAAAAUGCCGACCAUUGAAAGUGAGAAGAAUGAAACAGAAGAAGAGGAGAUGGAUCAUGAACCAGCUGAUAGCGAUAAAAGCUCAGACGAAGAAUCAGAAUCUGGCUCUGUUGACGACGACGAAAUAUCUGAACUAGAUGAGGAAGAAUGUGACCAAAGAAGAACUCAUUGUUUAGAUGAAAUGGCAGAUCUGGAAAGACAGUUUUCUGAUAUAAAAGAGCAACUAUACAAGGAAAGAAUGAGUCAGAUAGAACAGAAACUGAUUGAGAUGAAGGCAGGAAAAGCAAUAGAGUAUUUAAAUCCUUUGGCAGAAUUACAGGAAAAUAUGAGGAUAAACAUAGAAGUAGCAGGAAUUUUGAGAGAGUACAUGAUACAAAAUAUUCAAAGAAAAGUUGAAAGUGAAGAAAUUGGUUCAAAACAAAAUAUGGAGAGUGAAAAAGCACUGUUGUAUGACUCUAUUAAAGCUGAUUUAGAAGAUAAAAUCAGAAGACUGGAGGAAGAUCGACAUAAUAUAGACAUAUCUUCAGAUUUAUGGCAUGAAUCUCAUAUUUCAAAGAAAAACAAAAAGAAAAAUGAUUCCUUUUCUACAGAUCGAAGGAAAAAGCCAGUUACAAUUACAGGACCAUAUAUUGUGUAUCUGUUGAGAGAUGUAGAUAUUAUUGAAGAUUGGACAGAAAUUAAAAAGGCAUUAAAACAUAGUCAGAAGAGGAAAUUAGAGUGUGAAUUCUGAAUUCAUUAGGUAAAGAAGGAAUUCCAAGCAGUCUGUGAUAGUUCACCCCAGAACUUAUGGAACCAGUAGUGACAGUACAGAGGCAUUUAUCUGGUACCUGGUUUAUUGGUGAAUCUGUUGGGCACCAGUGCUGUGAUGUACAACAUUUAACAGACAGAACGUUACAUAUCAAAGUUGUACUGAAAUGUUAAAUGAAAUGAUAGUACAUUGUUUUUCUUGGACCAACAAAAUGGCAUUUUUGUUUAUGUUUGAAUGAUAGAUGGUGUACCAAAGUAUGAAUGAGUGUUUUACAUUCCAUUUAAUUAUUUCAUCUAUUUUAGGUAUUCAUUUUUCUAAAAAAUACAUUCAGAAACCCUGAGUAAAUCAAAGAAAAGAGGAUUUUUUUUUUAUUAGAAAAAGGGUUUAUAGUAGUAAUUGUAACUGGAUAUCUAAACAAAAAAUGAUAGGUUUUUAUAAACUGUGCCAAAUUAUAGUUUUUAUCAAUUAUUAUGAAAGAGUUUAUGUCACCAAGCUUGUUUUCAAGCUACAUAUUGUGUAUGUGAUGCAAAACUCCAAUAAAUUGUAAGGAUUAUUUAUGAAGAAACACAAUGUUCUGAAAGAAAGACAUAUCCUCUAGGAUUUAGAGAUAGGAGAUUUUAUUGAAUAGUUAUGGGAAAGAGGAAAAAGAGGGUUAAUAUUCUAGUUUUCUAGCCUCAUAACAUUACAGUACAAUUUAUUAAAUUGAAUCAUUGGAGUUACAUCCCCAAUUAUAUUAAUAAAAUGUUUUGAUCAAACAAAAACUUUUUCUGGUUGGGUAUUUAAGAAUAUUACCAAAAGGACAUUUUCAAAAGAUGUUUAUUUCUAUGAUAACAGCUUUGUGUUGUAAGAUAUUUGUUACAUUUUUCAUGGGUUGUAGUAGAAAUUAAUAUCUUUGAUCUCUGACGAAACGUGUUAUACAGGACACGCGUUCUUGUUUGAAUUUAUUCCAAAUUAAGAUUUUGUCACAGAUUUUAUGGUUUCAAACAUGGAAAUGUGAAAUCGUGAGCGUGGCAUAUCUUAUGGACGCAUAUUCUUCUUUCUUCCAAGUUUACUUUAAUUUUGAUUAAAUACUGAAAUUUUAAACAUUUUAUAACUUUUUAAAAUAAUUUUGUUAUACGUUGUGAAUGUUUAAAAACUUUUAAAAUAAACAUGCUUAUUAUUAAUCAUUGCAUUGUCAAUUAAUUUCCCUCUCAGUGAGCAGCAGAAUUAGGCUUGGUUCUAUUUUGUGUGCUGGUACAUAACCAUUUUUGGUUAACAAGUUAUUCAACAUAUUUUGAAAAAACAAAUCUGAAAUCAUGCGUCUUGGUUGUAUGUUGUUUCUAGGUCUUACAUAUUUUAAUUUUGUCUGUGCAGUUAAGUUUUAGUGUAAAGCAAAGAAUUAUAUUGUGAUCAUUGUCAAAUAAAAUAUUGAAAAAGUC